AUGGCGUCCCCCACCUGGCGCCUCGUGUCCCUCGCGCUCUGCCUGGGGGCGCUCGCCGUGUUCCAGGCGGCGCGGGGCGCCGACGCGGCCCGGGCCUUCUUCGUCUUCGGCGACUCCCUCGUGGACAACGGCAACAACAACUACCUGAUCACGGCGGCGCGCGCCGACUCGCCGCCCUACGGCAUCGACACGCCGGACCACCGCGCCACGGGGCGGUUCAGCAACGGCAAGAACGUGCCGGACAUCAUCAGUGAGCACCUCGGCGCGGAGCCCGUGCUGCCGUACCUGAGCCCCGAGCUCGACGGCCACAAGAUGCUCGUCGGCGCCAACUUCGCGUCCGCCGGCGUCGGCAUCCUCAACGAUACCGGAAUCCAAUUCGCCAACAUCAUCCACAUCGCGAAGCAGCUGCGCUCCUUCGAGCAGUACCAGAAGCGUCUGAGCGCGCUGAUCGGCGCGGAGGCGACGUCCCGCCUGGUGCGCGGCGCGCUGGUGCUCAUCACGCUGGGCGGCAACGACUUCGUGAACAACUACUACCUGGUGCCCUACUCGGCGCGGUCGCGGGAGUUCUCGCUGCCGGACUACGUCUCCUACGUGCUGUCGGAGUACGCCCAUAUCCUGGAGCACCUCUACGACCUGGGCGCGCGGCGGGUGCUGGUGCAGGGCGUCGGCCCCAUCGGGUGCGUCCCGGCGGAGCUGGCGCUGCACAGCCUGGACGGCACCUGCGACCCGGAGCUGCAGCGCGCCGCCGACAUGUACAGCCCGCGGCUCAUGGCGCUGCUGCAGGACCUCAACGCGCGCCACGGCGGCGACGUCUUCGUCGGCGUGAACAUGAAGCGGAUCCACGACGACUUCAUCGAUGACCCCAAGGCGUACGGCUUCGCGACCGCCACCGAGGCGUGCUGCGGCCAGGGAAGGUUCAACGGGAUGGGGCUGUGCACCAUGGUGUCCAGCCUCUGCGCCGACCGCGACAGCUACGUGUUCUGGGACGCCUUCCACCCCACGGAGCGCGCAAACCGCCUCAUCGUGCAGCAGUUCAUGUCGGGCUCUGUGGAAUACAUCGCGCCCAUGAACCUCAGCACCGUCCUCGCCAUCGACCUCCAGAAGCAGCAGCUGCGCACGUGA